AUGAGCGGCGGGCGGAGCGGGAGAGCCGCCGUGAAGAUGGAGGCGCCGUUCUACCCCGAGGAAGGGCUGGAGCUGCUGCCCGACUUCGUGCCGCUGCCGGGUUUCGCCGCCGCCGCCGGGCCCGGCGCCGAGGCGGCGGCGGGCCCGAAGCUGCUGCUGGGCGCCGUGCCGCCCGCCGCCAGCGGGGAGGGAGGAGGCAGCGCCCCGACGCCGCCGUCGCUGUCGCCGCUGGACGCGGAGAGCCAGGAGCGCCUGAAGGCGGAGCGCAAGCGGCUUCGGAACCGCAUCGCGGCCUCCAAGUGCCGCCGGAGGAAGCUGGAGCGCAUCGCCCGGCUGGAGGAGAAGGUGAAGGCGCUGAAGGGGCAGAACGCCGAGCUGGCCGCCACCGCCAACCUGCUGCGCGCACAGGUCACUCAGCUGCAGGGCCGCGUCCGCAGCCACCUCUCCUCCGGCUGCCACAUCAACGCCGCCGCUCCCUCCGGGCCGCCGCCCCGCGAGCCGCCCCCGGAGGCCGCCGCCGCCACCGCGCCCGAGGCCGGCGCCUGCUGAGGAGUGGCCGGGGCAGCGGGAGAAGGGAGCGGGGCCGCCGCGCCGUGCUGUGCCGCGCCCGUUGAUUUCCGCGGCCGCUGUGCGAGCCGGGGCUGUGCGCCGGGCGGAGUGCGCGAGGCCUGUGGAGGUGUCGGAGGUUAAGGUAACUCCUGUUUACAGAAAGACUGAACUUUACUUUCACGUGGGGAUAAAAAAAAAAAUAAUAUAUAUAUAUCUAUAUAUAUAUGUUUCCUAAUGCGCCAUACCAGAGUGUAUAGCAAUCGAUAAGCUUCUCAGAGUUUGGAGAAAAAGGAAAAGAGAAAAAGAGGAAAAAAAAAAAAAAAAGGCCAGAAUUGUGCCCUUUGGAAAAGAUGUGCGUGUAUAUAGGUAUAUUUAAAGCAUAAUAUGGCUCUGUAUAUUUUCUUGGCAUUGAUAAAGAUUUUUUUAACUACUGUCUUUCUCUAGAGCUUUAAUUUGCCAUUGAGAGCUCAGUCAUCCAGGUGGGUGCUCGCACACUGAGUCUGAACCUGAAGGAGAGUGGUGUUAAGUCCAGAGCAGGACAGGACGCGUUGCUGGCUCAGCCGUAGGAAAGGACAUUUCUCAGCUGUUAGCUCUGUAUUUCUUGUGCCAGUGCGAAUCUGGGGCAUUGAUAGUUAUUUAUUGAAACUUGAACACUUUUGGAUGUUGCCUAGACCUUAUUUUUAUAGAUAACGUGUUAGUAGUGAUAGUUCCUUGGCAAGAAGAGCUUUACUCCUUUUCUUUCACUGUGUACAUUCCAGUAGUGUUUGCUCUUUACAUAGUAUAGUAACAAUUAAGUGCUAUACAGAAAAGGGCUCAGAUUUGGGGCGGAUUCACUAUAAAAUGGCAAUUCUGUUGUAUGCUGUUUGAAUAAAUUGCAGAACUACUACGGAGACGUAGAUUUAUUUUUCAGUAGAGAUCUGUAUACAUUUCCUCUUGGUCUACUUUGCUCUGAAGAACCUUUCUGCAAUACUCUGAAGAUGGAAAGAGUCAGUGCUGGAAUGUGGAACACGCUUCUGGUUGGGAAGAACUGAGGCAGUUUAUUUCUUUGUCAAGAUUUCACUAGCCGAAGGGAACAGCACAGGGACUUUUUCCUCUGAUUGCUUCGACAUAAUCCUCAACACGUUUUGGAAAGCUGUAGAUCCCCUGCUCGGUGCUUCUGCCUGCCUCGCUUCUGUGCACCUGUGUGCUUUGAGCAUCCCCGCGCAGCCCUGGAGCCGUCUGUUGGAGCGUGGAGGCCACCAGUAAGAGCAGAGCUCCCGAGCCAGUCCCACUGUGGAGCAGAGCCCACACCUCUCCAGCACCACACCGCUGGGGCCUGGGCAUGGAACUCGACAAGGGCAUCCUGCGGUGGGGACCAUGGGCAUCCCAUGGUGCAGCCAUCUUUCUGGUCUGCUCAGCCUCACCAGCAGCUGCUGAACACCUGCGUUACCUCUCCUGGAGCCUGCGCUUUGAAAUUCAAGAAGAGGGCCUGGGAUGGACUCGUGUUUCUUUCACUCUUAGUGCUGUCUCUUCCCAAAGUUCAGCACAUUUAGUGCAUGGUCACAGCAUAGGCGUAAGGUGAUGUGACAGUGCAUCAGAAUUGGGGUGUUGCAAGCCAGGAUGCUCUGAGGGUAUUUCUUUUCCCAGUGCAUAUGCAAAUUAGGUAGAAGCCAUAUCAAUCAUUUUGUAACUGUUUAAUCACGUCAUCAGAGCCCGCUCUGGGGUUUUAAGUGCUUGAGUGUAAUGGUACCUUUUGCUGGUUUUAGGGUAGCUUUAGGAAUACCAAUGAACAGAUUCUCUAACAAAACAAUUCUCAUCUUUACAUGGGUUUGAAGACUCCCUUACAAGUGUUCUGAGCUGGGUAGCUACGGUCUGUAGCAGCACCUGCUGCAUGAUAACAAGGCAAAAGGUAGUUUUCAUUGUGUGGCAGGCAUCACUCAUCUGCAAAGUUGCUGCAAGACUGAGAAGUUGAUAGAAGCUGUUUUUUCCCCACCCUUCUGUGCUUUCCCCAGUGGGAGAGGUCAUGCUCUGGGGAAAUCCACUGACGUGAGGUGCUUGCCUUCACUGCACGUGUAGCAAGUAUACUUCUUGUUAAAGAGCCUUGGAAAAAUAUGCAGAAGCUAUGUGUGUGGGCAGCACUGUUUCAGUUCUUAGAUCAGCAGAUGAGUGCGGGGCUGGGUGAAGACCUGGUGGCAGGGCAGAUGAAGGCUGUGCAGUGCUCAUGCCUGUUCCACGCCCUUUGGUAAUGCUCCAGCCAGAAUAUAUUGGCAAUGCUCAGGAAGUGGGUGCAUCCUCAGACACAGGCAAUCCCUGUUAUCCCUACUGAUUGUAACUAGCCAGUCCUUUUUGGUAUGUUGGUUUUAAAGCCAACAAACACUCUGUGUUAUCCCUUUACCCUUCUGGCUUUCAGCACAAUGUGUUGCCUCUCAGAGAGCUCAUACAUGCACUCCCUUAGCAGCCUGCCCCAUGCUCUGGCUGCCAUGUGAGGUUAGGUUUUGUUGGCGUUGCAAGAGGCUGCUGCUCUGCAGCAGUAUGUGAAUGGAUGACCUAAGUACUCUGUGGUCUGAAACACAUGGCAAGGCUUAGGCAUGCUGCUUGGUUUGCUUCAGGUGUUUGUUUCUUCCAUUGCUGUCUUCUAAAGUGGAUCACUACUCUGUUUUCCCUAUAGUGUCCCUAUAUCUUUACUUAUGGGUUCCGUAUUUUAUUCUUACUGUUAGUAAAUCAAUUCAUUGCGUUUUUUGUCCUCUCUGUAUCAGUUAGCUUUUGUUUUGAUUUUUUGCAUGAAUGUUGGUCACUGUGAGAUGCUCAAAGAGUUAUACCAGGUCCACUUACACAACUUUGAUCUGUGUGAUUCAUUUUCAGUAACUGCAAGUACAUAGGGUGCUUAAGUGUCACUGUAAAAAACAAUUCAUUUCAAGUUCUCUGGAGCCUCAGUGCUUUUUUCUCCAUCCUUCAAAGCUGUGCCAUGUUUUCUCAUACUUAAGCAUGCUGUUGCCAGUCUCUACAAAGAUUCCCAUAAUGCUCUUAAGUCCUUCUGCCUUGGUUUCACAUCCCAAAUACAAACCCAUGACAAAUGGACAUUGCUUGUUUCUUUGCCCCAGGUGUAGUCUCUGCUCUAGAGGUGGUACAGUCCCUUCCUUUAUCUGUUUUGGUUACUGGAAGUUCGCUGCUGGGAGUGCAGCUGUCUGCCAGCAGAUUUGGAAGUUGCUUGAGAUGAUGUGCUACAGCAAAGCAGCUUGACUCGUAAAUGACAUUUGUUUCUUUGAGUGAUUAUCUGAUCUUUUCUGUAUUGAGCAGGAGGAAGAGUGUAUCUGUGGUUAAGGAGGUUUUGUUCGCCCUUCCUUGGGCACAGAGAGGGGGAAGCCACCACCAGCACCACCCCCCUCUCUGCCACUAGUUUAGGGGAUGCCAUGACAAGAAAUGGAUGUGCUCCUCAGCGCCUCAGGCAGUGACAUCUUGGUGUCUCUGGCUGUCCAGGCAGUCGGUGUGGAUGGGAAGUGGUUCUUGCAGCUUCCAGCAUUGCUCAGGGCAGCCCAUUUGGCCUGCCUGAGGAACAGAUUCCCAGACACAAAUGCUCUUUGCACUCUGAGGACUGUAGGUCUGUAAUAGUGGUGCAUCUCCGUCAGUGAAAGGGCUGAUUCUGCUGGUUGAUUUCUUGUGAACAGCAGUGGGUAGUCUUGCAAGAGAUCAGUACCUCAAGGGAUUUGGAUUCUUGGCUGCAUAUCAUAAAUCACUGUUGAAUAUUGUGUACUCUUGAAAAAAAACAAAGAGUGGCCAUCUAAGCCUUUUCCAUUACCUUGGUUGGUGUUUAUGUCAUUACUGGCUCAGGAAUCAUGAGCAGCUCUGUUAUUUUCUUUUAGUUAUCUUGCUGAAUGUGUCCAUCUCACUUCUGAGAAAGCAGCACUCUCUCCAGGUUAAGCCCCUGGGCAGUCUGCAGGAUGCAGCUGUUAAAGGUGGAAAUGUUAUUUGGCAACUAAUUUCUAAUCAGUUAUUGUAUAGUAUUGUUCAGUGCUGUUUGAAGUGCGGAGGCGUAGUAUAUUUGAAUUGUUUGUUGUGCUGAAAAUAGGGACCUGGCUGCUACAGUGUGAAUCUUAACUAUUUGAGUCCAGCAGCUUCUUGGAGAAACUUUCCCUAUAUCCAAAAUUAAUAUGCAAGAAAACAUUAAUAUGCUUGUAACAUGUCAUCCUGCAAUAUGUUUCAUGCAGCCUUCUGGAUUCUGAGAUGAAGAAGCAGGGAGUUACAUUUUUGUGUGUGUGUGUGUGCAGCUAUAACUGCUGCUGAAUGAUUUUGCCUCUUCCUUACCUGACUCUCUAACUUCCUAUAUUUAGCAGUGAGAAAAAUUGGAAUAUGACAUUUCUGUGUACAUAUUUGACUGGCACAAAACUGCUUCAGUUUUCCAAGUAUUUUAUUUGCUGUUUUGCUGUAACCAGGGAAGACCACUGGGACGAUUCUGAGGCAGUUUUGCCACUUUUGCCAUUUUAUGUGGUCAGUGUUGUGUGCAGUGACUAUGAACAUUCUGGCAUAGGUGUAUGGUAGCACUCAUCACUUUCAUGCUCCUGUGAGUAUUUUGGAAGGCCUGCAUCAGUAGAAAAGGUCUUGAACAGAAAGAUUUCACUGUACAUUAUAAGCCUGCAAAUGGUGACUGACUUCUUGGAAUCCACAGUCACUUGCUGUGAUGCUGUCAGGAUUCUACACACUACCUGGUGUGAAAAAGGCAGAACCUCACCUUUCUUAUGAACUAUUUAGUCUUGUCACAAAUAAGUGACACUGAGAAGGUGUUGAGGGAUUAUAUCUGAAUGUAUAAAGACUUAGGCCAUUAUGGUUCAUCAUGGUAGAUGAAAGGUUUUUUAGCUCUCAAUUACUCCUAUCUUCUAGUGUCAGAGGUCUCUCUCUUCAGGCUGCUUAGGAAAUGGCUUGGAGCUAUUUGUGCUGUGAAACUUCUCUCUUCAUAGUGCCUGUCAGUGGCUCUGAGGGGACAAGGGUGACUUCUGCAUGGAGGGGCCGUGUGUGACAAAGUAAGGAUUUGUUCUGUGAAGUGAAGGGAAGAUUACUAUAAAUAAUGGUUCCAGGGGUGUGGCUCUAGAUCGUCACCUGCCUGCCAUUUGCUUUUGUGUAUGCCAUCAGCAGGUCUGCAUCCAUAACAUGGCUAGUUGUGAGUUCAGCUCUACUCCGGGAUCUGUACUGGUAACAAAUAUCGUCUGCAACAGAUCAAUAAACCUAUGAGCUGAUUUUUGUGGAGAAAUUAUGAUUUCUCUAGGAAUGCUUUGAAACAUUGGUUGACUACAAAGCCCUGCUAACAUCUAAUAGAUGUGCUAGCACACUACUGGGUUCUGGUAUCUAGCAUGCUUUUGAGACUUACUUCUACUGCUAGUUACUGAUUAAAACCUAGUUCAGAGUGGAAUUGUAAGCCACUGAAGUAAGGUCUGUAGAAUCUUGCUGUAUCCAUAACAAACCCCCUAUCCCAUCACAGAAAAUAUCGUGGCUUGCAGUCUUUAUUUUUUGUUUGUCAAUUGAGCAAUUUGAAAAUCUUUCUGCUAAAUACCUUACAGUGUCUUUUUCAACUGCAAAAGGGUAUGCUCCCUGAUUUCUACUGGUGAGUAGGUGGAGAAAAGUGAAACUAUUAAAAGUCAGACUUUUCACUGCAUCCUUGUUCUUAGGCUGUGGACUGGCAUUCAAAAAACCCUAACCAGGAGCUUGAAAAUUGCAGAACUGUUUGAUACCAUUUUCCUGUCCUCUCCAGAAGACUUCUUGGUACUAGGAAAGCAUGGCCCUCCUGUCUGACACAAAGGUUGGCUUUUAAGAAUGGAUAGCCCUCAAAAAAAGCUUGUGAAGAUAGUCUUGUGGCUCACAAAGGGCUUUCUUAGAGAUCACAUGCUGAGCUUCAGAGCUUUUUUUUUUCUCCUCCUCUGUAUAAUAAACCUUCAGAUUUUCUUGUGAUGCAUGGUGGCAUAAAGUUAAUAGACAGCUCAGGAGAGCCUGCUUAGGAUAUCCUUCCUUUCUUUCCUGAAAACUUCAAAUGACACCAACAGAAAACUUGCCUCUCCUAAUGAACAGAAUCAAAAGCAGAACUCUUGCAUUUUUUUUUUCCUUUGCUAGCUUGUUACCAGAUCAGACCAUUUUUUGCUUGUUACUAAAAUGGUAUGGCAACUUCACAGCACAAGCUGGUGUAUCUGUGGUGUGUUUGUGGUGUACGGUAUUGUAUCGUGCUCCCAGCAGGCCAACAGUAUGCAUUGUCCUUUUUUUAUUCCUUUCUUUCUCCAUGGGAAUAGUUAGACAUUCAUACGUGGAGAAACCAACAACAGUAAAAAAAAAAAAAAAAAAAAAA